GAUCGGACUCGGCAAUAUCGCCGUAUAUAAUCUGUGAACGCGCGGCUCCGAGUAGCCGGAGGUCUUACGUCGCACAUGUACGGAAAGAAACGACUAGACUGCGUCAAGGAAUGAGAGCCUGAGAGAACGGGGCAUACAUCAGACUGAUUCUUUCUUCUUAUAGUGGAAAGAGAGCCGACGUCAGCGGGAAUAUAUCCACAAAAAAUGGAUCAUCACAAUAAAGAAAUCCCCCCGGGAGAGAUUUUGCCCGUCGUGGUCAUCGGUAACGGCCCGUCGGGGAUCUGUCUCUCGUACCUGCUGUCGGGUUACACGCCGUACCUGUCGCCCGGGGCGUCUCACCCCAACCCCCUGCUGCACAGCAAACUGAGGGAGCAGCCUCACCUGUCGCUGCUGGAGCAGGAUUUGGAGUACCUGUGCGAGGGUCUGGAGGGUCGCUCGUCCAAUCCCAUGGCCGUGCUCUUCGACUCGCUGCUGCUCCCUGACAGCGACUUCGGAUUGGACCACACGUCGCCGCUGGAGUGGCGCUACGAGCCGGAGCGGGCCGUCCCGCACCUGGUGCUGGGGAAGGGUCCGCCUGGAGGGGCCUGGCAUGCGAUGGAGGGCUCCAUGUUGACUCUGAGUCUGGCUAACUGGAUGGAGCUUCCAGGACUCAAACUGAAGGACUGGAUGAGAGAGAAGCGCAGAAAUGUUCGAAAUGACCGGGCCACGCCAGCAGAGAUUGCCUCCUACUACCAACACUACGUCUCCCAGAUGUCCCUCGAGCAGAACUUUGCCUGCGGAACCACCGUCACCUCGGUAACCAGACAGCCCGGCGGCCAGGAAGGGUCGCCGCCCUGCUGGCGAGUGACGGGACUGCAGCGCAGAGAGGGGGAGGAGCUUGGAGAUGGCUGCGCCGUGUCAGAGGAGGCUCCCUUCUCUUUCUACGCCCACAACGUCGUCUUGGCGACGGGGACCCACGACAUCCCGGCCCGACUGGGCGCGGAGGGCGAGUCGCUGCCUUACGUCUGCCACUCUUUCUGGGAGCUGGAGGCGGCCAUCUCCCGCGGCGAGCUCGACCAGUCGUCAGACCCGGUGCUGGUGGUGGGGGCGGGGCUUACGGCUGCCGACGCAGUGCUGGCCGCCCACCACCUCAACACGCCGGUGUACCACGCCUUCAGGCGCUCGGUCAGCGACCCCGGUCUCAUCUUCAACCAGUUGCCCAAGCUGCUCUACCCAGAGUACCACAAGGUUCACCAGAUGAUGACUCAGCAGCAGUACCGGCCGGACCCUCCGCCGCGGGAACACGCCCGGAACCUUCGAGCGAACUCCAGCCCCUCGGCCCUCCCUUCCCCCUCCGCCUCCACCUCCUCCUCGUGCCCCUCCUCCUACCCGGGCUACCUGAGCUUCCCGCGCUACCGGGUCGCGGCGUUCCGACCCGACCGGAAGUGCGUCCUGGAGUCGGACUUGGGCCAGCGCACCGUGGUCCAGAUCUCCAAGGCGCUGGUUCUGAUCGGCGCCCACCCGAACCUCUCCUUCCUGGGCGACAACGGCCGCUCGCUCGGCGUCAACCCCGAGGAGCCCAUCACGUGCCGGAGGAACCCGGUGGAGGUGCACCCCUUCACCAACAGGGUGGUGGCGGCGGACGGGCCGGGCCUGUACGCCAUGGGGCCGCUGGUCGGCGAGAACUUUGUCCGCUUCCUAAAAGGGGGGGCGCUGGCCAUCGCGAGCGACCUCGCCAAGACGCAGAGGGGGCGGGGCGGCGUUCUGGCAACGGACAGGGGGGCGGGAGGCGGAGCGGAGGUCGGCGUUCCGGGUUCGUAGCAGGAAGCGACGUCAACGACGUGAAGAAGGCGCGAGUCGGCGGCGCCCAGGUGUGUUGGCGGUGAGAGGCGGUUGCUGACAAAUCCUCGCCGUAAAAAAAGCACGAAGCCCGACGAAAGGUUUCAUCACCAGGAAGUCGCUCCGAAACGCCGGAAACCCCCAUUAAUAACCUUUAAAUAGUCCAAUCUCGGUACAGUGUAUCUGCUGAUUCCUUAAACGUGGUUCUGAAUGAAUCGGACUAAACUACUACUUCAGUGCCAUCUGCUGGUCGCCACGACCUCCAUCUCAUCUGGUGCUUCCAGCCUCGUUUAUAUGCAUGUUGACCCCCAGGCGUCCGAGGUUAUGACCUGUAAAUAUGUACAUUAAAGACGCAAACGUUACGAGUUCAAGAAGAAUGUGAGCCUCGGUCACCACGGUAACGAGCUGGUCAACCAAUCGGCAUCAAACGCCACCAAACAGCCUUUUUCUUGAUUGAUUCUAAUUCAUCAGCAUUGUACAUUAUUAACAUCGUUGUUAUCAGCGUGUUUCUGUGGUUGCGUCAGACACUACGGUGAAAGUUUUCCACGACAAACUCAUUUGUCUUUGUUUGAUCACUGCGUGUUUGUAUAUUUUGGCUUUUAUAUAUAUAUAUAUGUUACGUUGCUUUAUUUUUGUGUCUUUAAGCCACUGUACAUAUCUUUGAAACAAAAAAAAUAUAUAUAUAUAUAUAUUAUUUUUUUUCUGUGACUCCUCUACUGUCAUUACAAAUGACUUUGUCUCCACUUGAAUCUUCUGCAUAUGUAACUUUUCUAUAACCAUAACAGGGGAAAUUUGCUUCGGUGCUUUUGGUUUCUAUGAAAUCUUGUUGAGUUCAACAUAUAAAAAAAUGCUUCUUCUCACUAGAGUUUAAACUGUUUUUCUGUUACUUUGUGAAGUGUUUCCACCCAGAGGUGGAAAGAGUAACCAAAUAAUUUUGUACUCAAGUAAAAGUACUGUUACUUAAAAUUAUAUUGAAGUACAAGUAAAGUUACCAGUCUAUAAAUUUACUCAAGUAAAAAGUUGCUCAGAGUAAAAGUUACUGAGUUAUUAUUGGGUGGGGGGCGGAUUCUAGUGUAGUUAAAAAAAGACAAGGGAAAAUAAAUCUCAAUCUAGUUGUUUUUAAUUGAAGGAAGACUUUUACAAAUGAAAGUAAUAGCAAAAAGAAUCAAAUAAAAAUAAAAGAUGAUUUUAGUGCAGACCAAUAAAACAUUUUAAACAUUACUACAACCACUAAAUAUGGCAUGAACUGGAUUCAGUAAAACAGGGGUGUCAAACUCAUUUCAGGUUCAGGCAGAUACUGCCGACUUGGACCGAACGCGGGACACUGACGAUCGGCGCCAACGGCUGAAAUUCAUUCGAUUUCAGCUGGUUUUGCAUCUGUUUU